AUGAACCGGGGUGACCUUUCUGUAAUUUUGGUGGAAGAGAAUUCUUGUGUGUUUUCUAUAAUAUAUUUUUUUUUUCCCACUCAUAAUAUGUUGCAAUUCCGAUCCAUCUAACAGUUACAAUAAAAAACAUGACUCAUGUCCACAUGAUUUCUCAAAUAACUAUUUACUAUAGCAAACUGCACACACUUAUUGCUCAUAUAGUGAAAUAGCAGGACAGUCUCUAUGGAAAUGAUCCAUGUUUCUUUAAAGUAAUUUGCAUUUAUCAGAUAAUAUUCAACGCUCACUGACAAUUGGUAUUGAACACACAAACCCACAUGCUAUUCUAUCAGUGAAUAUGAAGGUAGCAAAUGGUCAUGACUCACAUAGGACAGCCCUGAUAUAAGUCUUAUUUGUAAAGGACUUUUUAGUAAUUAUUUGACACAAGCAAAACCGUUAGAAUGAGUGUUUGACCAGCAUGCCCUUUGCAUGGUCCUUUUAAAGGAAAGAUACCCUGAAUGCAGCUCUUGACUUUAAAACUGGAUAGGUAACUUCCCAGUUUACAAAAAAAAAACCCUGAAAUAGUUAUCCCGGGUGACAUUAUUGGUGCUAUGCUUGAAAUAAUUUUUCAAUAUUUUUGUCUUUUUGGUAGUAAAUUUGUAAAAUACAACCCUGUACUUGGAUAUGAAGGUAAAUCACUGCUUUGAGAUAAGUUUGCACUGUUUCAGCCAGGUGGCUUUGGACCCAAGUAAAUUUCACACAUACAGUCAGGUCCAUAAAUAUUGGGACAUCGACACAAUUCCUUCCUUUUUGGCUCUAUACACCACCACAAUGGAUUUGAAAUGAAAUGAACAAGAUGUGCUUUAACUGCAGACUUUGCUAUCUCUCUGAUGGGUUUGUUUUGUUUUUUCAGCCUAAUGAUGGCUUGUUUCACUGAUAGGGACAGCUCUUUGGAUCUCAUAUUAAGAGUUGACAGCAGAUUCCAAUUGCAAAUAGCACACUUGAAAUGAACUCUGGACCUUUUUAUCUGCUCCUUGUAAAUGGGAUAAUGAAGGAAUAACACACAUCUGGCCAUGGAACAGCUGAGCAGCCAAUUGUCCCAUUACUUUUGGUCCCUUAAAAAGUGGGAGGCACAUAUACAAACUGUUGUAAUUCCUACACCUUUCACCUGAUUUGGAUGUAAAUACCAUCAAAUUUAAAGCUGAAAGUCUGCAGUUAAAGCACAUGACACUGUUGCACAUAGAAGGCUUAUCAAUAAACUGCAAUCUUUAAGUUUGGAUUCAAAUAUUGUUGAAUGGGUAAGGCAGUGGCUGAGUAACAGGCAACAGAGGGUUGUAGUUAAUGGAAUAUAUUCGAAGCUUGGACUUGUCACCAGUGGGGUACCUCAGGGAUCUGUACUUGGACCCAUUCUCUUUUAAUAUUUUUAUUAGUGAUAUUGCAGAAGGUCUUGAUGGUAAGGUAUGUCUUUUUGCUGAUGAUACUAAGAUAUGUAACAGGGUUGAUGUUCCAGGAUGGAUAAGCCAAAUGGCAAAUGAUGUAGGUAAACUAGAAAAAUGGUCAAAAUUGUGGCAACUGACAUUUAAUGUGGAUAAGUGCAAGAUAAUGCAUCUUGGACGUAAAAACCCAAGGGCAGAGUACAGAAUAUUUGAUAGAGUUCUAACCUCAACAUAUGAGGAAAGGGAUUUAGGGGUGAUUAUUUCUGAUGACUUAAAGGUAGGCAGACAAUGUAAUAGAGCAGCAGGAAAUGCUAGCAGAAUGCUUGGUUGUAUAGGGAGAGGUAUUAGCAGUAGAAAGAGGGAAGUGCUCAUGCCAUUGUACAGAACACUGGUGAGACCUCACUUGGAGUAUUGUAUGCAGUACUGGAGACCGUAUCUUCAGAAGGAUAUUGAUACUUUAGAGAGAGUUCAGAGAAGGGCUACUAAACUGGUUCAUGGAUUGCAGGAUAAAACUUACCAGGAAAGGUUAAAGGAUCUUAACAUGUAUAGCUUGGAGGAAAGACGAGACAGGGGGGAUAUGAUAGAAACAUUUAAAUACAUAAAGGGAAUCAACACAGUAAAGGAGGAGACUAUAUUUAAAAGAAGAAAAACUACCACAACAAGAGGACAUAGUCUUAAAUUAGAGGGACAAAAGGUUUAAAAAUAAUAUCAGGAAGUAUUACUUUACUGAGAGGGUAGUGGAUGCAUGGAAUAGCCUUCCAGCUGAAGUGGUAGAGGUUAACACAGUUAAGGAGUUUAAGCAUGCGUGGGAUAGGCAUAAGGCUAUCCUAACUAUAAGAUAAGACUAGGGACUAAUGAAAGUAUUUAGAAAAUUGGGCAGACUAGAUGGGCCGAAUGGUUCUUAUCUGCCGUCACAUUCUAUGUUUCUAUGUUUCUAUCUUGUUCAUUUCAUUUCAAACCCAUUGUGUUGGUGUAUAGACCCAAAAAGAUUAGAAUUGUGUCUGUCCCAAUAUUUAUGGACCUGACUGUAUACAAAUUGAAAUUUAACAUCUGUUGAUGGCAUGUGUAAUCUGGUAAUGAAUUUAUAUUUAUACAGUGAAUUUAACCAUCACGAUAUAUCCAGUCCGCAAAUAGUAAAGGUGCUUUGGGAGGCAGUCUAUGCUCAGAGUUCCUUUGAAGUUUAUUCAAUAUUUGUGCAUGGGGGUAAAGAUUAAGCUGUUCAUUGGAAUUCUAUGGUGUGUGUGUUAAGUUACUUAUUUAACCACAAAACAGAGUUCAAUACAUGCGUAAUUUGAAAGAAGGAAUUGUCAUUCUGGAUGUGUGCACAAUCCAGUUACUAAAAGGUAACACUAGGGUUGCACUAUUUGUAUUUUUAUUUUUUUUCCUUAACUCCACUUGAUCAAUGAUUUCUAUCCUAGUAAAGGCAUACAUUGAAAUACAAUGUGAAUUAGUAUGACUCCCAUGAUUCAUUGGACAUGGGCCUGUGAGGGCUUGUGUACUCAAAUGGCAUUAUAGAAGAUGAUACAGAAAAUCCGAUCGGAUAAGCGCUAAGAAAUUCAUUAAUAUAAACAGUGAAAUGAGCCGCCAACACUGUUUUUAAGGAAUACCCCCACUAGAGAUUGUGUGGUGUGUGUGUGUGUGUGUGUGUGUUUUUUUUUUUUUUUUCUCAAGAAUGUAUUUAUGUGUGGUAGGAACGCUUCCCCUCCCCAUUACCCUUAAUGUGCCCCCCACCCCAGUGUUCCUUUCCCUGUACCAUAGUGCCCUACCUUUUAAUGUUCCUCUCGUUUUCUCCCCUCUCUUGUCCCAUAUUGUUCUUUCCUGCCCCCUGUCCUAUAGUGUCAUUUCCUCUCCCUCCUCUUCUGCCCCAUAGUGUUCUUUCCUCCCCCUCCCUUCCCUGUCCCAGAGUGUUCUUCCCUCCAUGGGGAUGCUGAACGGCAGGACUGCUUACUGUGCAGCACUGAGCCAGGUAGCACAUCCACUAGUCCCUGGGGGCAAUGUAAACACUGCCUUUUCUCUGAAAAGACAGUGUUUGCAUGAAAAUGCCUAAAGGCAAUGAUUAUACUCCCCAGAACAAUUACAUUAAGCUGUAGUUGUUCCCUUUUUAAAUAUUUUAAAAAUGUAUUCUUCGGUUAAAAUAGUUUGUCUAGUUCUAAUUUUUAUUAUUGUCAUUGGACGCCUGUCGCCAGCAUGCUGACAUGCCCAGAAGGGAUGAUACUGUCUGAAGUGGAGUUACACCUCCUGCAGCAAAAGGGGUUAAAUUCUGUGUGUGCACAUAGACUCCUUGCACCAUGACCACUUCAAAUCACUUGGGUAGUAAUGGUGAUUUGAGUAACCCUUUAACACGCACAGAACCACAAAAUUCUGAAUUAAAUUUAGACUAGAAUAUCAAAUUGCCUGCUUGUAUAGGUUCUCCAAUGCUUUCUGUUUGUUGAAAGCCAUUGGAAACUGAAAGCUAUUUUCCUGUUGUGUAAUAUGAAACAAUAAAAGGUAAAUCUUCUAUUGGGUUUAAUUUAAUACAAACCCGGCUAAAUGUUUUGCUAAAAGGGACCGUAAAGCAAAUUUUUUUAUUUUAUUUAUUAAUCCAUUAUUCUAUAAAACAUUCCUGCCUGUCUUCUAAAAGCAACUAAUUAAGCCAAUGAAAAUGAACAAAUCCAUGGGUUUGUCAACUAUAAACUCAAUAUAUCUUGCAGGAGGGUUGUCCAACUAGGAGUCAACUAUCUUAGACCCACGAAAUGAGCUAUUUCACCAUGCGUGUGGUUAAUGUAAAAAUCUAAUCACUCACUGACCAGUCAACGUUUUUCUUAAUCCAGCUCCAGCUUUCUGCUGUGAAAAUAGCAGAACUUCACAGUGAUCUAAAAAUACAAGAGAAGGAUGAGCUGAACUGGAAAAAGCUGAAGGCAGAAGGACUAGAUGACGAUGGAGAGAAGGAAGCCAAGCUCAGACGAUCUUUGAAUGGUGAGUAUUGACUGCAUUCAGGUAACAGACAAACCUUCUUGAUAACAAUUGCUAAUUCUUGAAAAUAUGUUUAAAAGAAAAUGGAGCAUUAUGUGGCCAGUGCUAAGCGGGGAAACAAACACUCAGACGCCAGGACAAAAUUCCUAGUCACCAUGGUGACCUGGCGCCAGGGAUUUGUUGAGCCCAGAUUGAAGCUGCUCUAUAAAACAUAAUAAAAACAUAAUCUACUUAAUAUAAAUUUGUUUAAAGCAAUGUUUCCAAUAAUUUUAGUAUUUUCCAACUAACCAGUUUAGAGCAAAUGUAUCUGAAAAUGCUAUUUAAAUAUCUGCUUGGUUAGCACGGUUAUGAUGGCUGCAUUGGAGCCGGGAAUUUUUCACAUUUUAGCAGAUAAACUCAAAGCAUUCCACUUUGCAAAAAUAAAUACGGUUUAGUGUUUAUAUAUAAUUUUUUUAUUUAUUUAAUUUUUUUGAUCUAUUGUCCAAAGGGUGAUUGGCUAGAGUUUAUUUUAAUAUAUUUUUAUAGCUGAUCUGUCACAUUCAGGAGUCUUUGCACAUUUCGUGAAGACCCCUGAAAAUUACAGAUCCAAUGUGGAUCCAGUGGUAGUGGGUUGCAGGGAAAGGCAAGCUUCACUUAGAUCAAUUCGCUCCUUGUGGCCACCUCCAUCUUCAUCUUGCAGGUUCAACACUAAGGUCUGUGGAGGAUCCCACAAGAUCGCAGGUGCCUCCAUAGAUCGUUGCCAGAAUUCCACUGCCGUUGGCAUGUGAUGGCUGCUGGGAAUGGACAAAAGUUGAUAGCAGAGCUCUGCUUUUGUCAACAUUGGGAUUGUCCAUAAGACAAAGUAAUCACAACUUUGCCUUACGGUAUCUUUAGAUUGCGUUGAAAGUUCUUUGAAUUCCCAUACCUGUCAAUCAGUUCUGCAGCAUAGACCUCUAUGCCAAAGAACCGACUGACAGGGGGAGAGCAGGGAAAUCCAAUUUACAGGCAGAUUUCUUGCAUUUCUGCACAAAAAACACAGUUGUGCUAUGGUUGCUACAUUUACUCCAUAGCCAGCGCUUACAGUGCUGACUAGAGGAGUAUAGGAAUGGAGUGAUGUUAUCACGUUUAAAUGUCAGCGUCACAGUGGAAUUUUGCUCUGCUUGAGAAAGUGUCUCCAAACGGCUACAUCUAAACGUAGCAUUGGUUGGAGUGGCUGUUACAGCCAAGGUAAGUCUUAUUAAUAAAUAAGAGGAAGCAACAACUUCCCUUUGAAGAUUAAGGUGCCACCUGAUUGAUAUAUUCCUUGCCUACAGAGGGUACGUUACAGUGAACCUGCCAUGACCGGCUCCCAUGUCGUCCAUAGAUGCAGUCCAUGACCUGCCCCUGUUGUGUGUACAGCAUGUGCGUUCCAGGGCCGAGCAAUUAACAUUGAGGAUAGGUUGUAUGUGAUAUUUAGUUUGAUAGGUGGUGCUUACAAGUAUACUGGACUUAAUGAUGGAUCUGCUCACAGAGCACAGUUAAACCAUUAUAUGUAAUUAAAUAGAGUUAUUUACUUAUAGCCUUUUUGUGCAUCAUCUUAUGCACACAUAAUUUUUUUUUUCUAUAAUAAAAAAUAAAAUUUUAUUUUUAAGCAUUGCUAUCUCUUUGCAAGAUUAGUAAAAGCAGAGUGAUGUAGUUAUGAAACAAAGCUGCAUUGCAGUACUGAGUUUAUGCGUUCAUCAUUCAGACUGUUGAUGACUCCCACCUAGAGGGUUUGGUUUUUUUGGCUAGACACAAGUGGCUACAUAUGAUUGCACAUAUUAACCGAUUGAUGUUUGAUGAUUAAAUAUCUGCCACAGAACAUUCAAUGAUUAACUCCUACCUGUGUAAAGAGCCAUAUCUUUCAGAUGACAGUUGGUGUAUUCCUCAGGACUUUUUCAGUUGAAAAUUAAAGUGCAGAGAUUUAGAAUUUUAUAAGCAGUAUUGCGUGUUUCAGGGGGGCACAUGUGAUUCACUGAAGAUAAGAUUCAGAGGAAAUAUACUUAAAUAGUUGGAAAAUAUAUUUAUUGGGGAUUCAGGAGGUCGGAACCAUCAUCAAUUCCAGCAGGUUGGGGGGGAAAAAAAGCCAUGCAUAUGUUCAUAAAGAUAUGUCUGUGAACAAUGUACAUAAGUUGAGGUGGGAUUUAAUUGAGAAUAAUUUUUUGGCAAAGUUUGGUAAAAGGCAGAGUUUCAGUCAGCUUUUGCUUGCCGCAUCUCUCUAUUUUCCAUUAGACUUGUGAUAUAGCUGAUAAGAACAUAUGUUGUAUAACUUGUGCCAAAUGAGAUGCAAUAAGAUAGGUAGAACUUUCACCUCCAAGCCCUGGUGUAAGCUUUCAGAAACCCUAGAAUUCCAGAAAAGGUUCAUAGAACAAGUCCAAAACGAUCAAAAAUACCACGGUCUGUAUUCAAGAAUCUUUCUUGUAGAUAAACCAGACAAGUCUUUCAGACCCAUUCUAUAUUUAAAGAAUCUCCACAACUAUAUUCAACACCAAAGCUUCAGAAUGGAAACCAUCCUGUCAAUAACCCAUAUGUUGCAAGCAGAAGAUUUUAUGGCAACGCUAGGCCUAUCUCCACAAACCUAUGGCUCAGACCUCAAAAAAAAUUAUUUAAAAAUAAAAAAUCACAUAAAUGCUGAGUGGGCGGAGCGUCCAAAUUGCACACCAGUAAGGGCGAGUGUUUCCUUUCUCCUUGUGACAUGUCGAUGAAAGACUGAGAAAGCCAUUUCAGCUAAAAAAAAUUUAAGCGGCAUUUCCAGCAGCUCAGCAAUUUGAAAAAGAACUCCUCAAACAAGGGAUUCCUCAAACAAAUCACUGCAGGGAACGCGGCCGGUGUCUGAAGCCUCCAGACAGACAGAUAAUUGCACGUGGGGGGAUAGCAGGGAGUCUGGAAGUUGGGGGACAAAUUAAAUCUUAAACCCCUUAAGGACAGAGCCAAAUGUACACGUUUUGAUCAAAAUAAAAUGUAAACAAAAAUUGGAAUUUGACAAUAUAUCUGUUCAUCUGUAAUUCACCUCUUUCAUAUUAAGUGCACCCAUACUUAUUAUUAUAUAUCAUUUUAUUCAGGCGAAAUAGGGCUUUCAUUUAAAAUCAAAUCUUUAGCUAUGAAACAUUUUAUUAUGGCUAAAAUAUUUGGAAAAAUUAGUAUACUUUUUUUUUCUUAGUUCUGCAUGACAUUUUAACUGUGAAUGUCAUACUGUUUGCUUUUACUGCAAUAAAAUACACAUAUUUGUAUUCAACAUGUCUCAUGUGUAAAACAGUACCCCCUAUGUACAGGUUCUAUGGUGUUUUGGGAAGUUACAGGGUCAAAUAUAGCAUGUUACAUUUUUCUGGUUUUUCACAUUGAAAUUCAACAGUUUGGUUACGUUGCCUUUGAGCCUCUAGGGUAGCCCAGGAAUGAGAAUUGAUGCAUACCAUUUGCAAUAGUGGACAACCCAAGGUAUUGCAAAUGGGGUAUGUCCAGUCUUUUUAUCAGCCACUUAGUCACAAACAGACAACUGGUCUGGGUAAGAAUCAUUACAGUUGCCUCUGAAAAAGAAUGGGUGCUCACAUCCUUAAUGGUUCAAGGAAAUUGGUCCACAAAAGAUACUCUCCAGUCAUACAACUUCAUAGAAAUGAAAGCCAUCUGAAAAGCACUUCUAUAUUUCAAAGCGUAUAUAAAGAAUCAUGCCUUGCAGAUUUAAUCCAGCUAUAACAAAACUGUGAUUUACUUGAACAAGCAAGGCGGAACAAGACAAUCUUUGGCAGAGUUGUAUGCAAUUAUCAUCACUUGGGCAGAAAGCCCAAGUGAAAAUCAACUGGCAGACAAUCUCUGCAAACAUUACUGGGAAAAAAACUGGUCUCUUAGGCCACAUGUUUUGCACACAUUGGUUGAAAAAUUUGGACCACUAGAUAGACGUCAUGGCUUAAUCAAUCGAAAGGUUCCAAAAUUUGCCUCCCUUUACAAACCGGACAAUCUGGAUAUCCUAGAUGGUUUCUUGGUGAAGUGGACAUUUCAGUUGACCUACAUCUUUCUUCUGGUAGCAAUGAUUCUAAAGGCCCUGCAGAAAAUAAAUUAAGGCUGAUCCUUUUGUCAUUGCAAUCAUGCCCUUCUGGCCUAAUCGAGCCCUGGGAAUUGCCAGUGACUCCACUGUUACUAGAUAACAAGGAUGUACCAGUAGAGAUCCUGAACGCCUUUAAAUUAAGGGCAUGGAUGCUGCAAGGUUGAUUAUUUUGGAAAAAGGUGUUAAAGAAUUUUAUAUCCACAUUCUCAUGCAAGCUACCAGACAAAAACUCCUUUAAAAUAUACUUGCGUGUCUUUAAUACAUUUCUGACAUGGUGUCAUCAGAAAAACCUUGACUUAUUUCAUUUUCUUGUUCCUGUUAUUCUAGCAUUUCUGCAAGAAGGUCUUGCUCCUUUCACUUUGAAAGUUCACAUCUCGGCAAAAGCAAUCGUGUUGCCAACAUUCAGUGAGAAUCUAUUUUCAAACAAGUCGUCUAAUUUUCAUUGACAAUGCUAGCUUUACAUCCAAACAAUCUAUCUAGCCAAGACCUAAAGAGGUCUUGGCUAGAUAGAUUGAAUCAGACCAUAAUUUCAUUAACUACCAAGGCGCUCUAAAGAUCUUUUAGCAUCCGGGUAUUCCAUUGCGAGAUGGAUUGCUGGGUCAUUUAGAUGAGUUAUUUCUCCCAAGAUGUUACUUUCCCUGCAAAAUUAAAGGACCACUAUAGUGCCAGGAAAACAUACUCGUUUUCCUGGCACUAUAGUGCCCUGAGGGUGCCCCCACCCUCAGGGACCCCCUCCCGCCGGGCUCUGGGGAGAGGAAGGGGUUAAACUUGCCUAUUUCUCCAGCGCCGGGCAGGGAGCUCUCCGCCUCCGAUCCUCCUCUUGGGCUGAAUGCGCAUGCACGGCAGGAGCUGCGCACGCCUUCAGCCGGUCUCAGUGUGUGUGUGUAUGUAUGUAUGUAUGUAUGUAUGUAUGUAUGUAUAUGUGUGUGUGUGUGUGUGUGUGUGUAUAUAUAUAUAUAUAUAUAUAUAUAUAUAUAUAUAUAUAUAUACACACAGAAGGUGCACUCACAGGUCUUAAAAUGUGCUUAGUUUUAUUUUACAUGCAAAAAUACAUGUGCAAAAAAAUCUACAGAUAAAUCGACGUUUUGACCCCUAAAGGGUCUUUUUCAAGAUCAAUAUAUAGAUAAAUAUCAAUAGACACUUACCAACAAGAUGUGUGUGAAAGAUUCCCUGUUCGUGCCGAACCCGGAAGUGAGACAGUAUGCACCACAUGACCGGCGUGAUGACGCACGUGAUUACGACGUUGCUAAGCAACGAAAGUAAACAAUACUCCAAAUGUGUAGUACAGAUCGCAGAGUGAAAACUAGAGUGAUUGAAAUUGAUCACUUAAAGGUGAUCUGUAUAAAAAUGUGAAUAUGUACCAACUAUGGAGGGAAGAAAAGCUGAAUAGAAAACUUACAUAACACUAUGGACCCCAUACAAAGAUGUCAAAGAUGAAUAUAAUACAAAGAUAUACUAUAUACUGGUGAAAGCAUAUGUAUUCCUCAAAGGCAAAAGAUAACAGAUAAAUGUAUAAAUGAAAAAUAUUGCAGGGGCAAAAAGAGAUAUAUAUGUAUGUAUGUAUGUAUAUAUAUGUAUACAAAGAGGUAAUGUAUGUAAAUAGAAUGUAUGAAUAAUGUAUGUGAUAUGUUAAGAAGAGAGAAAGAGAAGAGAUCCCAUAUACAUGCAAACAUGUCUACCAUAUAUAUAUACAUCUAGCAACAUAUGAUGGAUAAGGAUAUAGAUAUGAGAUACUGAGAAUAAUUAGCUAAAUAGUUAUGGAUGUGUUGUAUAGCAUAAAUACUGAGCUAAGAUACUUAUGAAAAAGCUAUACAGAAACAACCAUAAAAAAAUAACAGUAGAAUGGUACUGAAAAAUACAAAAUGUCUAUAUCUAUAUUGACUGAAAAUAGACAAAAUACUCAAUCAGAACUAUCUAUAUAUAGAUCAUAUAUCCAAUAGAGAUCAGGGGUACAUGAAAAACCAAAAAAAAUAAAAUAAAAAUAUCAUAAGAACAUAGAAAAGGUAUUAUACUCAUUUAAGCCUUUAGGAGUGACAGUAUCCAAUUUAAAAAUCCAAUAAGCCUCUCUUUGAAGUAGUAUUUUAGACCUGUCACCCCCACGGGAUAAAGGGGGGACAUGGUCUAUAGCCAUGAAUUUGAGUGUUGGAAGUCUGUGUGAGGCAGCUAAAAAAUGUUUAGCCACUGGUUUAUCUGUCUUUUGGUCCCUAAAGGCUGUCAUGAUGCCCGACCUGUGUCCUCGGAUACGGUCUCUUAGGGUAAGGUCCGUCUUCCCAACAUAUGCUAAUCCGCACGGGCAUGUGAUAAGAUAAAUCACAUGGUCAGUGGUACAUGUGAUAUAAUGUGAAAUGGUGAUUCUUUUUCCACUGUGCGGGUGAGCAAAUGAAUUGCCCGAGAUCAUGUGGCUGCAGGUGACACAACCACUACAUUUGAAGCAUCCAUGUUUCCUUUGUAUGAUGAUUUUCUUGUAGUUCUGUAUAGGGUCACUGCGGACAAGGAUAUCCCUUAGGUUUUUGUUUCUCUUAUAACUGAUGGUAGGUUUAAACCGAAAUAUGGAAGAUAAUUGUUUGUCCGCACGUAACAUAUCCCAAUGUCUAUCAAUUGAGCGACGAAUUUGUGUGGAACCUGUAUGGAAAGUAAGUGGUAAGUAGAUCUUUGAACUGUCCGCUUUUAAUUUUUUUGAUGAACUUUGUGUUUCCUGACUCCAUUUCUCGAUUGCUCUAGCCUUUUAUAUAUAAAUAAAAAAAAGGGGGGUUAAUCCUAGAGGGACCUGGGUGCCUAGAGAGGUCCUUUAAGACUCAUUCUACUAGAGCUAUUUCAACUUCAAACACCAAAAGAAUUAUGUCAACUCCAGAGGAUUUCUGCUAAGGCUGCCACCUUGUCCUCUUUCUAUACAUUUAUCAAUCGCUACAGGCUAGACAUCUCGGUCUUAGCAGAAGUUUUAUUAAGCAUAAAGUGUUACAAGCAGCUGUGUCUUAAUUUCCACUCUUCAGUAAGUUUCUUGCUUUCUCCAUUACGUACUGCCACUACGCAGGGAAAACCAGACAUUUUAACUACAGUUUGUUUUGUUAGUUUUUUUUGUUUUGUUUUUUUUUUUUUCUCCGUUUUAGCGGCAGUACAUAUAAUCCCUCCCUUCUUGAAUAAAUUUUGAACCGAUCGGGUUCUGUGCUAAUGCCUUUUUAUAAGCCUAAAGGAGGAGGGAUUUCUAAUGUCUUUAAUUUUAGAGAAGGCCUUUUUGUCCAAAUUAAACCUGAACACCCCUCAUGCACUGUCACUGACACAAAGGAAAACAUUUACGGUAUGUAACGUUUCAGGUUUUUUUUUCACCUCUAAAAUGCAGUCGCCGUGGAAAUAAGGGGGCGGGGGGGGCGGGGAACUCCUGUUCUUUCAAUAAAAAAUGUUCCCACAAUCGCCUUUUCUAUUUAUGACUCAAAGCAUAUUUCAUUUAUUUCAGUGAUCCUGGCCAAGUAUGGGCUUGAUGGGAAAAAGAAAACGGAAACAGAAGAUAGUAAUUAUAUUAAAGAUGGAACUGCAACAGGGAAUGAUAUCUUAAAUGACCCGCGAUUAGAAAAACUAUGGAACAAGGUGAGACCUUAUAUUGGUUCUCUCUGUUUGUUAUGGUAUGGUAUCCAACUGUUGUUUGAAUUGGAGAAUAAGAAAUAAUGCAGGUGUAUUUAUGAUUCUAUUUCCUCUUGUCACUCAGGUUUUGCCAGAUGUCUUCUUGCCCUUUUAGAGUCUUGAUUUACUAUGCUAGUUGUUCAAUAUAUUAUUAGGUUUAUUUAUUGUAUAUAAUUGUUUUAAAAAGCGUAUUGGUUGCGCUUUUGCAGCUGUGAAUAAAUAAUUGGUUUCAGUUCUUCACUGGGAAAUAUGCUAUUGGUCAAUAAUGAUGACUGCAAUGCAUGUGCUGUAGGUCCCCAAGUCGUCGUCUUUAUAAGAAACAUUGAAUUGGCCAAGAAAUCAUCCAUAUUAAGGGUAUCUGAUCAGAGCAGCCACAUGGAGACAGUCCGGGUAUGAUUUAGAGAGGCGAGUUUAAAGGAACACUAUAGUCACCUAAAUUACUUUAGCUAAAUAAAGCAGUUUUAGUGUAUAGAUCAUUCCCCUGCAAUUUCACUGCUCAAUUCACUGUCAUUUAGGAGUUAAAUCACUUUGUUUCUGUUUAUGCAGCCCUAGCCACACCUCCCCUGGCUAUGAUUGACAGAGCCUGCAUGAAAAAAAAAACUGGUUUCACUUUCAAACAGAUGUAAUUUACCUUAAAUAAUUGUAUCUCAAUCUCUAAAUUGAACUUUAAUCACAUACAGGAGGCUCUUGCAGGGUCUAGCAAGCUAUUAACAUAGCAGGGGAUAAGAAAAUCUUAAUUAAACAGAACUUGCAAUAAAGAAAGCCUAAAUAGGGCUCUCUUUACAGGAAGUGUUUAUGGAAGGCUGUGCAAGUCACAUGCAGGGAGGUGUGACUAGGGUUCAUAAACAAAGGGAUUUAACUCCUAAAUGGCAGAGGAUUGAGCAGUGAGGCUGCAGGGGCAUGUUCUAUACACCAAAAUUGCUUCAUUAAGCUAAAGUUGUUCAGGUGACUAUAGUGUCCCUUUAAAGUGGCACUGUCAUGCCGAACUUACUUUUCCUCAAUCUCUUCCUCUUCUCCCCCUCUCUCAGGAUCUGUUCUUCUUUAGUUUUCUUUAAAAUCAUAAGACAAAGUAGGGACUCUUUGCCUUAUGGAGGAUUCCUCCGCUUGACCAGCUCUGACCAGCGGAGGAGCAAAGUGUGCUUCAUUUCCACUGGUCAGAGCAAUUUUCCCAUGAUCCUUAGCUUUCCUCUGUGAUCUUGCGAUGCUUCCUGUCAUUUUACACAAAACUGCCGAUUUGCGUUCUAACUGAAUGAGAACAGUAUGUUCGUUUGUGUUAGAACGCAAUUCGGCACUUUGUUCGUAUCGGAAUUUCAUUCUAAUGAAUGAAACUCUGAUCCUAUUAGUGCUGUGGCUGCAUCUUGCAGCCGCUUAGUAGAUAACUCCCUGAUACCGUGGGAAUUAGUGAGUUAUCUACUAAAAGGCUGAAAGACCUAAAUUCGUCUUUUAGCCACAUUUACUAAUACUAAGUAAAAAUUACAAUAGGUCUCCUCCCUUAUUUUACUUUAGGGCCCCCACCCGUCAUUUAGGGGUGGGGGCCAAUAGUUUUUCUUUUUGUCUUUUUACACUGUUUAGUGGACAUGCCCCUACGCGCGUUAGGGCAUUUUAAUCCCCCUUAUGCUAUUUUGGGGGUCAUAUAAGCCUGGGGGGGCUUAUGAAGUGGUGGGGAGCACUGCUCCCUGCCGCUUCUAUCUUUACAUAUUGCAAGGAGGGAGCUGCGUGCCAGUAGCUCCCUCCUUGUAAUAAACUGAACAAACGAACACUGAUACUCAGUGUUUGUUUGUUCGGCUGAUAAUUCUAUUCACUCAUUCGUCUGUCUGAUGAAUAGAUGAAAUUCCCGUUCGCAUGCCCAGGUGUUUCACUGGGCAUGUGCGGGAAUCUCAGUCUGUCUAGUGUAGGCUGAUGACGUGUCCCACAGGGACUUCAUCUACCCACACAAAUAUGGCGGCACCCUGAAUAAAGAUCGGGGCAGAAAAUAAGGAAUAAAAAAUAGGUAAUUUGGGGGUGACUAGGGUGUCAGAGAUAGUGGAUGCCGGAGGGGGGUUAAAAAAAAAAAAAAACAGGAUUCGGCAUGACAGUGCCGCUUUAAACGUGAAGUUCUAACUCUAUAUUUAAAAAGAAAGUAUCCUCCUGUGUUAAAAAUAAAUGUGGCCCUACGCACAGAAAAAUAUUUAAUUUUCUUCAGUAUGAAGCAACAAAAAGAACUUAUGGCUGUCCUACGCAGUAUCCAGAAGAAAGUUUCAGGAUAUUUUCUCAUGUGGCCUAAGAUGUUAGCACAGUAAUGCACUGUUACAUUAGAGUGAUGAGGGGGGGGGGGGGGUCUUCAUUUUUGGAUACAGCUGUUGGCCGAAUUAGCUGCUUUAGUUAUGAAGCCAGAGUUUUGAUUGAUUUUUGUGACUGGAUUCUCUACAAAUCGUCUACUAAAUCAGUGGAAGGGUGAGACAAACCUCUAGUAAUAUAUUCUAAGAAAAUAAAUCUGCAACUGUCAAAAAUAUGUAUACUUUUUCCAAAUGCUAAAAGGACAACAAAAAACAUAAUUUAAUGCCAGAGGUGUCCUAGAGACAUUAAACAAUUAUUCAGUGGUUACCCCAAGCACCAUGACCACUUCUUCAGUUAUUUGAAGUGAUAAUGGUGCCUGGAGUCUGUAUGUGCAGCACUUGAGUAUAAAACACCCUACAUAAGGAGCCUAAAACUUUGCUGCUGGAAGUGCAGUUCCGCCUCUGGCAGCAUAAUUUGGGCAACGAGUUCCGAGCUGGCUAAUGUCAAUUCUGUGCAUUUUCAUGCAUAGUGUACCUAUCAUUGGCUGAGAUCGAUCAGCUGAUGCCAGUGUGUAGCGACUGGAUCUGCAGCACAUGGAAGCCCGUUACCUAAUUGGAGUCUCAAAGCCUGUGAUGAUGAUUUCUUCGCUUUUCCAUUGUUUUGGGGGGGGGGGGAUGGAGAAAUGUGUUACGUGUUCUCCUGUACUGGCAAAAGAGAGUCCUUAUAGCUCUUUAGUUCCAUAGACUUUUAUUUCAAGCAUCGUAUGUUCCCAAUAUAAUAAAUAUACUUCUAAUUUGUAAUAAGUUUUUUUUUUUUUAUUUUUUUUUUUUUUUAUUACACUGUAUGUUCUUUUACAUCCUGUUAAGUCCAGCCACUUUUGAUUUCUCUUUUCUUGACCUGCAAUUUUUGCCCGCAUGUUCUGUAAUGUAUUCUAUUUGAAUCACUUUUGUUUCUAAAUAUAUAUUUUCUGUCAUUUCUACAGGCAAAGACAUCUGGAAAAUUUUCAGAAGAAGAGUUGGAAAACUUGUGGAGGGAGUUUGUCCAUCAUAAGGAAAAGACAAAUGAAUAUAACAUACUGUUGGAUACAGUAAGCAGGACUGAAGGUAUGACAUUUCUGUUUUUCUGUGUUGGUCUCCUUUUUUGUGCUUUUAAUGUGGAGUUGUUAAAUGCUGUGCUGUCUGUACGUACUAUUUCUUUAUUCUCCACUGUGUCAGAAAGCUAAAUACCAGCCUCAUUAUUUGAUCCUGGCUCCGUUUAUUAUUCUAUGUAUACAAUUCAUCCAUUUAUUUUUUAUUUUUUGUGUAGGUGUCUGUUUUAUUUGUGUGUGUUUUUUUGUUACUUUAAAGAAAUUUAAGAGAAAGUUGGUUAAAAAAUUAAAGUGUAACAAAGCUGUGAAUAUGUCUUAAACAUUAAUUGAACCCCCAUGCGGGGAGAAUUGUUUUGAGCGCACAAAGGGGAUUACAUAUAAAAAGGCUAAAGGGAAGCAUGCUGAAAUUAUUAAUCAACUGGAUCGAUUUUAGAGUAUAUUUAUUGUGGUAAUUGGAUACACCUGCGGUCAUGUUCAUUAUUUUUUUUUAAUUAGCCACGUUUGUUUGUUCAGAACAAAAGUUCCCUUUCCUUCCUUUUUUCUUCUAUCUCUUUGUAAUAUAACAAGGAAUAUAGGUUGCCACUUCUAUCAGGCUGAACCUUAAUAGCACCUCCUAGUAUAGAGUAGCUAUGGGUUGUAGUCUGGUGUGUGGUUUUUUUUUUUGUUUUUUGUUUUUUUUUUUGUCUUUCUUGUGCAUGCAGGGUUUGUUUUUAUAGGAACAUGGAUAGUGGGGAAAUGGGCACAGGUUCCUUGUUGACCCUGUUCGGUUUUAUUUUGUAUGUUAUGUAUUGUCUAAGCUGGUCACCGGAAUUAAGUCAGAUUUGUACUUAUUGGAAGAUGGUUAGAAUGCUUACUAUUAACACUCAAGGUCUCAAUAGCCCUUAUAAAAGAACAGCUCUGAUUAAAGAAGAGAAAAUACAGGUUUGUUUUCUACAAGAGACCCAUUGGGUGACGUCGGAUAGAGAUUUAUAUUUAUGCAAGCAAAAGGCAGACUUGAUUAAGGCUUCGAGUGAAGGGGGAAAAAAGGGUUGUCAUAUGGAUAGCGAGAGGAAUUUCUUAUGAAAAUAUAUGCCAGAAGUGUGAUCCACAGACUAGAUAUAUUAUUUGAAUAUGCAAAUUUGAUAAUGAGCUAUAUAUCCUAGUCCAUAUAUAUAUGCACCUAACAUCGGGCAAGUGACCUUUUGUGAGGGAUAUUAUUGAGAACAUUUAUCAGAUAGCCAAGGGCAGAUUGAUAAUUGCGGGAGACUAUAAUUGUGUAAUGGAUACUGAAUGGGAUGGUGGAUGGAUGGUGCGCUGUUCGGGAGAGCUUUGGCUCUCUCCACUCUCUUGACAAAGGCAGCCUUAUAUGACGUUUGGAGACUGUUCCACCCACAAAACUAUGAAUUUAUUUUUCUUAGACAUUGUUUCUAUGCAAGAAUUGAUAUGCUAGUUGGUGAUCCUAAACUAGUUAAUUGUAUUAAGAAAAUUCUUAUGAAGACCAUUCACUGGUCAGACCAUAACGCAGUCAUAUGGGAAAUAGAGGAUACCCAGAAAAAGGAUCCAAGACAGUGGAGAAUGAUCGAGGUCUUCCUGAGCAGCGAUAAUAAUAGAGACUAUAUCAAGCAGAUGACAAAUUUCUAUUUUCUGGAAAAUAAACAAGCAAAUCCGGGCAUUAGCUGGAUUGCAUAUAAAGCUGUAAUAAGGGGGCAGUUGAUUUAAUUGGGUAUACAUGCAAAUAAAGUGAGAGGAAGAACCUUGGCUGAUAUGCACCUUGCUUUAUACAAACUAAAACAAAUUAACAAGAAUAGACCCACGAAACAAGGUGCUGAAACUAUUAGGCAUGCCCGGGAUAAGAUAAAUGAACUUAAUAUGACCAGGAUUUCUAAUAAUCUAGAAAAAGUGAAACAUUGGUAUAUAAAAAUAAGAGUAGGUAGGAUGUUUACCAACAAAUGUAAAAAAACAAUUUGCCGAGAAUAGGAUAGAUAAAAUAAUUCAUAACGACAAUAUCUAUAGAGCACCAAAAGAGAUUGGUCAAAGUUUCAACAAUUAUAAAUCGCUGUAUAACUGUUCAGAGCUGAUUAAUCCCAGUAGUUUUGAUCCAUUUGUGGAAGGUAUACAUAUCCCUAAAAUUAGCCCAGAACAGAAAGUAAUACUAGAUAAAACCAUCCAUCUAAGUGAGGUCAAUAGGGCUAUCGGUGCAGUAAAAAAUAAGAAAGCCCCUGAUCCGGAUGGCUUUGGAUCCUACUUUUAUAAAAUCCUUAAAGAAAGAAUAGCCCCUGAUUUGACACAUGCGUUUAAUGAUUUUAUUAAUCAGUCUAAAUGCCCUGCAGAAUUCUUGGCUUAUAUAAAUAGGAUUUGUCCCCGGUUGAAGCUCUAUAAACAACAUUCGAAGAUUAAUUGAUAUUCUCAAUAUAGCUAAAAAAAAAAGAACAUAAAGAAUUUGUCACCAUUGCGCUAGACGCAGAAAAAGCUUUUGACUGGGUAAAUUGGGGAUUUAUGAUGUGUUUUGGAAAUGUUUGGCUUUGGAGAACAUUUCUGCAGGGCAAUAAAAGCUUUGUAUAGUGCCCCUAUUUCUAGAACCAUUGGGCAAAACAUAUGUGCUGUCUGGUUCAAUCUGGGGAACAGCACUAGGCAGGGAUGCCUACUUUCUCCUUUGGCAAUUUACAUAAGAGCAGGUGGAAAUAUUCAUGGAUAUUUAGUUCCACCAAGAGAAUAUAAGGUCAGCAUGUAUGCUGCUGACACUGGUUUUACUCUUAAGAAUCCUGAGGAGUCUCUGCCCGCCCUGAUGGACGUAAUCACCGAUUACUCUGAAAUAUCUUAUUAGAUUUCCGGUUUAAAACAAUAUUUAUGGCCCUCAAUUUAGAAGACUCAAAAAAAAAAUAUACUGUUGCGCCAAUACUUUGACUGUCUUUGGACUAAAGAGUUUACAUACCUGGAGAUUAAGAUCUCUCCAGAGGCAAAGGACAUCCUAGAAUUAAAUUUUAUGGCCCUGUUAAAGGAGAUGAUCUAUACUCUAAAAGGUUGGAAGAAUAAAAAUCUAUCCUAGGGUGGAAGGAUAACUGCAAUCAAAGCGUACAUCAUCCCAAAAUGGCUGUAUAUGUUUAGAAACCUCCCUAUUCAAAUACCUGAAAGUUGGCUAAGUAUAGUUCAGUGGAGCGUCUCAUUAUUUUUACAUGGCAAAAGGCCUCGCAUUACUAUUAACCGAAUGGCCUUACAAGGGAAGGAUGGUGGUUUAGGUAUGCCAAUUUUGCUAAAUUAUUACUUUGCUAAUAUGAUUGGCCAUAUUUACUUGAUACAGAUCCCGCAGAUAGGCGAAGAAAUGUCAUUGAACAGCGGGAUCUCACCAGUUUGAUUUGGGAGACUUAAAGCCAUAAAUGGCGAGAUCUCAGAGGCAAGUUUUAUUUUGGGUCAACUUUAGGUCUGGGCUAAAUUAAAGGAAAAAAAAACUGGGAGUGCAGGAUAAAUAAUUGACACCAUUGGUAUCAGUAUAAUAGCAAAAAACAUUCUAGAUCUUCUUCCUUUAGAUAAGUGGACCAAAUCUGAUAUCUUUAAAGUGGCUGACCUUUACACCAAUGGAAUAUUGAAAUCUUUCUCUGAGCUGAAUUUAGAAUAUAACCUACCUGUUAAGGACAUUUUUACCUUUUUAAAAAAAGUUAUUUUGUGAGCAAUUAGUACCGAAAGUCAUGUCAAAAGCUUAUCAAUUAAUAUCCUGUAUAAUACGAGGAGAUGUUCAGAAGAACAUAGUGAAAUGGAAUAAGUAAAUACAUAAGAGAGACGAGUGGCUUGAGGCUAUAAAGAACUUUAAUAGAGAUAUCCAUUGUGUAAAUAUACUUGAACUAAUAUAAAGUGAUCAAUUUUUGGUACUUGGAUCCCUCUUCAGUGAAUACGUUUACCCCUAAUUCUAAUUGUAUGUGCUGGAGAUGUGAUGAGGGUGGAUAUUAUCUCCAUAUGUGGUAGAGCUGUAAAAUUGCGGUUAAUCUAUGGAAUAUGACUAUUAUUAUUAUUAUUAUUAUUAUUAUUAUUAUUAUUAUUAUGCCAUCAAAUUCCGCAGCCCUUCACAAUGGGUGGACGAACAGACAUGUAGUUGUAACCAGACAAGUUGGACACACAGGAACAGAGGGGUUAAGGGUCCUGCUCAAUGAGCUUACAUGCUAGAGGGAGUGGGGUAAAAUGACACAAAAAGGUAAGGAUAGUAUUAGACUAGUGACAGUUGCCAAAGAUGAAUCAAUCAGGAGCUAUUAACAGUUUAAUUGAUACGCUUUUAUGAAGAAGUGGGUUUUUAAUGAUUUUUUUUUUGAAGGAGUGGAGGCUGGGUGAGCAUCUAACGGAGGAGGGAAGCGAGUUCCACAGGAACUGUAUAUAGGAUAAGACCUUUUAGCUCUUAUGUGUAAGAUAUUGUUAACGAUAUACAGUCCUGUCUAACUGUUUAUUUGAAUGUGCAUGUAGGUUUAUUUACAAAAUAUACAAUAAAGAAUAUUGGUUUAAAAAAAAAUAUUUGUGUCCCUCUUUUAUAUUUUAUUUUUGUUUGUUUGUAGAGAUCCAUAAAAAUGUAAUCAGCCCAGAUGAGUAUGAGAUUAAGGAGGACAUCCUGCAUAGCAAGCACUCCGAUCUCAAAGAGAAGCUGAGGAGCAUAAAUCAAGGAUACGAACGCUUGCGCAAACUUAGUCACGAGGGCUUCGUAAGUGGCACAGGUAACUUCCUGCAAACUGCUUUUAUAUUUAAUUGUGCAUUUUAAUGCCAUCACAAUUAAAUCCUUUUACAUUUGAAAGUCAUAUUGAGUUUUCAAAUAAUGGAAGGAAAGCUUCAAAGCAUUCUUAAAUACUUGGCAAACAUUGCCUAUAUUUAUUUUUUAUUAUUAUUUUAUUUAAUUUUGGCAGCUAUACUAUUCCUGAUUUUAAACUUUAAGUGUGCAUAUGUGUGGGUUCAUAACAUAUAAGCAUAGUUUUAAUUUUUUUUAUUUAUUUUUUUUAUUUUACUAAACAUCAAGAAAGUUGUGCCAAUAAGCAAAGGUAAAACUACCACUUUUUUGGAUUUACAAUCCCCCUUUCUGUAUGCCCUCUUCUUGGUGACCUGCUGUUUAACAGCAAAAGUGUUUAUGCCAGUGAAUGGUGUAGGAUCUGAAUGAGCCAUUGCCAAGCCAAGGACUAGGCUGCUGGGGCUCUGAUUCAGUGUUUGGAGUGCUCUCUGACAGCAACAAGUAGCGAAGUAGCAUAGUGUGAUCAAAAUGUGUCACAAACUCCACUAUUACUUUGCAUAUCCCUACCUUAUUUUUGGACCAUUAAAUCCUUUAUGAAAGGUAAUGCUUUAAAUCAGGGUUUGACAAAUUUGCCUUUAAAUCUAGGAGCCAGCAAAAAAAAGUCAGGAGCCAUUUUUUUUUUUUUUUAAAUGACAAAAAUGCAGUUCUUAAGAGGCCCUAUAAUUACCAGAACCACUACAGCUUAAUGUAGUUGUUAUGGUGUGUCUAGUCUGUCCCUGCAGGCUUUUCAAUGUAAACACUUCCUUUUUAUAGAAAAGGCAGUAUUUACAUUUCUUCCUAGCAAUACCUUUAGUGGCCGUUAAUCAAACGGCCACUAAUGUGUCUACUAUCUACCCACAUUCAGCGUCUCCAUGAUCUGCAUGGAGGCGCUCAACAUUUUCCAUAGAGAUGCAUUGAUUUUAUGCAUAUCUGAGGAGAUGCUGAUGGUGCCACAUUUUACAGCUCUUACUCAAUAGCUUUCCAAUGCUUUCCUAUGGGAAAGCAUUUGAUUGGCUGAGAUAAUCAAGGCUGAUAAUCUCAGCUAUGGAUGCAGACCAGUCACUGUGAAAAUGGCACAGCAUUGGGGAAAAAAAGGCAAGUAAAAAUGCCAUACGAUCAGAGGGGGUGGUGACCUAAACAAACACAUUCACCGACAGACUCCUGGACUGACAGACCUAAAUGAACACUCACAAAAUAUUUUAUUUUUUAUUUGAUACACUGAUAGAUAUACACACAUGACAGAUAAACACACUCAUAAAUACACAAACACACAAGAAAUACAUAUUUCUAGCCAGCCUCCUGUUUCCUACCUUUUGGGUUGAACUUUGCAGGAACAGAUGACAGUGGGUCUUGCUGCAGCUGACCGGAGCGGGCGGGAGUCCCGCACUGCGGAAUGUGAGCAGAACUGACUUUACUUCGAGCCCCUGCCAGCUUACAAUUCCUUUGCGCAGCCGGGAGCAAGUAAUUGCAGUUCCUUUCACUUCCUUCAGGGGCAUUGAGGGAACGAGCUGACAAAUCCAGGCACCACGACAAAAUUCUUAGUUGCCAUGGCGACCUGACGCAUGGGAUUUGUCGUGCUCUGAUUUAGAGGUUAAAAGGUCAGUAAAACAUGUAUUAUAAAUUAGAUUAAAAAAAACACAUUGAGACAAGCUGGAAUGUGUACGUUGGUUAUGGUACCGAUCUGUUCUAGAUUUACUGCAGCAAAAAGUCUGGCAUUUUAGAAAAAGUUAAUGAUAAGAGUUAAAUAGGCUUUGAAUUUUAAUAAGCUUUCUAAAUUAUUCAUUACUGUUGGAAAAAAUUGCAAAUGAUUUAUCUACACAAAUGCCGUUUGACUUUAAAGGGAUGCUAUAGUCAGAUCUUUAAUAUGAAUUGGACCAUUGGCAAGCAUUUGCCUGGGCCCUGCCCUCCCAAUCCCCAGCAUGCAAUCACGCCCUCCUCCCAAACACACACAUAGAUCGUACACUUAUAUCCGUGCUCUUCACCUCUUUCUUACGCUAGGCACACAAAAGCUUUUCCCAGAACACCACAAGCAAAAAUAUAUGGCCACAGGUUCACUAUGCACCGUCACACUGCUCCCACAACGCUUGCCCCAGUGACACACUGCCCACACACACACAGUGCUUGCCACAGUGGCACACAGCGCUUAUGUGUCAAAUUAACUAAUAUUAAUUUCCACAUUGCUCCACUGCACUUGGCACAACGGCAAUUUAACACACACACACACAACUUGCCUGUAACAGAUUCAAGAUGAGUGUAACAUGGGGGCUGGCUGAGGCUAUUGGAAGUCAGAUCUCCCAGCUUUUCCACUCUGUGCUCCCCUCCUUCUCCUCCCAUGUGACUCUGUUAGCUGGGAGGAAGUGACAUUAUCACAGUGCUGCGGCUUUUUAAGAGCGCGACCAGACUUCUGAAAAUACAUUGUGUGACAAACUGCCCUUUGCCCCUGGCUUUUGGAGGAGCCUGAUUGCCAGCAUUAUGCCUUAUGACUAUGGCCCUGGGGUGUAUGGCCCUUUAAAAACAUUAUUUGGGCAUAUUGGAUUGUAACACACUUUUUCUGCCCCUUUAAUUCCAAAAUGUGCCUGUUCCCCUCCCCUUUUUCCUGUCUAUUGUUCCUCCAGCAGGGCGUUGUCCCGGGGACACUGCCAGACCAGUUUAAACUGGCUGCUUUGUCCCUCCUCAAUCUCUCAUCAGCCUUUGCUAAACUUUAACCCCAUGGCGAUUUUAUUCUGUGCGUGGGAUCUGAGCGCUGUUCGGAUAUAUUGAGCGCGCAGAUCCAACCUAUCGGGGGAUUCUGUUCAGUAUAAUAGGAUAUUAUGUAUUUUUAUGUAUUUUUACUUUUGUAAAUGGAGAUAUUUUCUGUACCUGGAGAUAAAGUUACCACACCCACUUAAGCCAAUUAUCUCCAGGAUAGAGGAGAAGGUAGACCGGCUGCACAGCCUAAAUCUGUGGAACUAUUUUGGGAAGGAAAGCCAUGCUUGCAGUCAGUUAAAUAGGACUUCCACCUAACUUUUGAACCACUGGACCAAUUUGUAUGAUUUUGACACAUGUUUGUAUACUGCUUGUGUGAAUUGCAUGUAUGGUUUGGAAGUUAUGAAUAUUGUAUAAAACUGUAUAUUUUCCUGCCUGUGAUAAUUGAGUUAACCCAUUGUGUUCAGUAAUUAUAUCACAGGCAGAGGGGAGGAUUUGUGUGCCUGGGCUGGGAGUGUCUGACUGCACUGUAAUGUGUUUGAUUGGAUGUUCCACAAGUCCCAUGUGGGUGGUAACCUUGUGGAAAAACUUGUAUAAAAGAAAGCCCAUUAAACAGAUCAUCUUGCACCUUCAUGAAGUUUUCGGCUCCUGUUUGGGGCAUUGGAGAACUACACUCUGGGGAUUGCUAUAAUCCCUAUACUCCCCGGGAUAUAAACACUAAGCUCUGCUAAGAGCUUGUUCUUGUGCCUGCUCUCUGGAAUUCAGAGAGGUCGACCUACUGGAAGCUGGACCCUAGUGUGUAGAGACGGCGAGACCCCAACCAAGAUGCAGUGGUUUGUGGGGUCUGUGGUGGUUAUGAUGUCAGGUGGAGUGCUUGGAGCCCUCAAAAAGCAUCCGUCAACGGAAGGUACCUGGUCGGGGUGCCAGCGGUUCUGUUACACAUUGCUAUCAGGAGCUCCUAACUGGAUUGGCCCCCUGAUGGUCCCCCUCAACACGAGGCCUCGACUGUUAUUCCACGUGGGCCAGGGCAGUGGCCGCACCACAGUGUCUUUAUAUUCCCAAGGAAUAGCUGGGCCCGGGCAGCUGCUGUCUAUCUACAGAUUGUCAGCCGCUAGAGACUGUCAUAACCCUGCAAUGUAAUUAUUGCAGUUUUACAGAAACUGUUAUAAUUACAAUUGCCGGGUUAAGGGGGCAGGGACAUUGCACCCAGACCACUUCAAUUCAAUGAGCUGAAGUGGUCUGGGUGCCUAUAGUGUUCCUUUAAUGGUGACUUCUGUGGAUAAAUCACUUGGAACCUUUUCUAACAAUAUUUAAUCAUUUAGAAAACGUAUUAAAUCAAGGCCAUAAAAGUUAUAAUUAUCUGAAAAUAGAAUACAGUUCACAUUCAGAUUAAAACAAUGACUAGAACAUGUACAAUUGUUAGAACAGAGAAUAACUAAUGCCAGGGUAUGUUGGGGGGAGGCAUGUGUGUACAUAUUUGUGCAAUCCUGUAUACGGAGGUGUGAGUGGGGCAUGAUUACACUGAGUGUCGUGUGUAUUUGUUGUCCAUACUCCUUCAGAUGUCGCAAGCUAAAACACUCAUUGGCAGCCUGUUUAACCCCUCUCCCCUAUCGCCGAUAUUGGCUCUCACUCCACUUCCACUUUCCGGGAUUGACUUAUUCUCUCCCUUCUUAGCCCAUUCUCCCUGUUUUCCAUCUCCAGAAUAAGCCCAACCUGCCCUUCCCCGUUUCUGGCAGUAGGCCAUUAUCUGCUCCUAAAAUGGUAGGAACCAAGGAACGUUGUACUCCUUGCUUUAAAGUAUGUUACAUUUUCUGUUCUCCUGUUAAUUAUUCCAGAGUUUAUUCAGCCUAGAGUAAAUGACUUAUGGGACAUGGCAAAGACUGCAAACUUCUCAGACGCAGAACUGGAAUCAUUUAAGGUAAAGGAGAACUUCCAUUAAUAAUAAAAUGAAUACUGCUCUUUUAUAGGCAUUAGGAUGUUCAAACUAUCUAUCUUCCUAAAUGAGCACACAUAACUGGAUUUCAACAGUUGGUGUGGAGGAAUUUAAUUUUAUUUACAUGUCAAGUAGGAAUGCAUACAAGAGAUCAAUGUUUCAGUCCUCACAGGGACAUUUUUCUUGGGUCCCCUGAUAGCACUAACACAUUGAUGUAUUGUGUACAUCAAUAUUCUACUUGUCAUGUAAAUCGAAUAUUUCUUCACUAUUGAUAUCCACCUGAAGUUCUCAUUUUGGAGUUUGUUUUUGACUAAAAAGUCUGAAAGCUGGUAAUUAUGAAUGAUUGAUUUAAAAUAAAUAAAUUAUAAAUCCGAAGUCAGAACGCUGAAGUGAUACAUCUAGCUCUGCUUGCCUUCUGCUAUGUUCGUAGGAUAUCUAGAUAGGUUCAUUCAGACCCUGUGCACAUGCGCAGCAAUCCUUGUAAUUCACCACAAAUGCUUCAUAGAGAAGCACUGAAACCGAUACUUCUCAUUUCCGUUUUUAAGUACAGUUCAAAGCGAGUGAGGUAGAAACACUUCCUGCUGUUUGCAUGACAGCUAGAAUUUGUUACCAAGUAGAUUUCUAAAACUGCAGGUGUGUGUGUGUGUGUGUGUGUGUGUGUGUGUUAUUUCUGAAAAUGUAUACAUUGUUUGUUUUCAAUUUUUGGUUAUUAAUAUUUUAUUAUUUUAGGAAGAAUUAAAGCAUUUUGAAACAAAACUGGAGAAACAUCAGCAUUACAAAAAACAGCUGGAAAUAUCCCAUGAAAAGCUAAAGCAUAUUGCAGAAAGCGGAGACAAAGAACACCUAACAAAGAGCAAAGAAAAAUAUAACAUGCUUACUGAUAAGAUCAAAGAAUUGGGGUAUAAGGUGCGUUGUUUAUCAUUUAUUUAUUUAAAGCACCAACAUGUUCUGCAUCACUUUACAAUUAGUUCACAACAUACAAGUUAGUUCCACUCACAAGUUUGGCAGGGAUAAGAUGUAGUGAAUGCUCUUUUCAAACAAUCUUCUUCUCUACUUACCAUAAGUAAAGUCAGAGUACAUUCUGUUAGGAGUACAAAUGGGUUGUUUGUAUAUUGCCAACAUGGUAUAUAAACAAUGUGUCUAUAAUAGGGGGGAAUCUAGGCACACUUAAGUUUUUUUUGUUUGAAUGCAAUUUUUUAGGAUUUCAAAUACAAUUGGUUAAUGAUUUUUAUUUUUUAUUGGGGUGGGUGCUAUAAAAUAAAUUUUAUGCACUAUCCUUUACUUUUGAAUGAAUUUCCAUCACCUUCAGAGUAAUUGGUAUAGAAAGGCAAGAAUAUACUGUACAGAUUUUUAUAUUCUGCUGGUAUUUUGAGGAAUGUGUAUCCCAAACAUAGCAGCAGAAUGUAAAAGUAUGUUAGUCAAAAGGAACCUGUAGUCUGAAAAAUAACCAUGCUUUUUGGGACUCUAGGUCCCUUUUUAGCAGUGUGAUCACUGUCCUGAAAAAUGAAAGUUAAUUAUUACUUACCUCUUUUCAAGUACCAAAACUCCACCGCUACCUUCGAAGAUUGCAUGCAUGCUGACAUCUUCUGCGAUCACCUCCAAUCCAAUGCUUCUCAUAGAGAAGCAUUUUAUUUGGAGAAAAACCUGCACAGCCAAACGCUGCCUUCCUCCAAUCAAAUUAUGCUAUGAGCGCAUUUGAUACCAGCACAGGGUUUCACUUGUUAUGGACAAGGAAGACUGCCACUGGCGGUGUAUUUAACCCUGCAAUCUAAGCAUUUCAGUUUCUACAAAACUAAUAUUUUUCCAUUGCCAGGUUAAAGGAACACCAUAGCGUUAGGAACACACAUUUGUAAUCAUAAAGCCUAUAGUGUCCUAGUCACCAUUUAGGUGAUUCCCCCGUCCCCCAAGGGUUGCUUCAACCCAUCCAUAAUUAUUGAUUUAUUUAGUUUUUAUAUAAAGUUUUAAUUUACGUGGACCUGAAAUCCAGGGAGGGAUUAACCAUAGAUGCUGCUCAGGCUAAGCUUCCUCAGUAGACCAAGCAACAUGGAGAGGGUGAGCUCCUGGGGACUCUCAUUGAGCAUUAAAAAUGGCUCAACUUACAGAGGAAGGGCAGUGCCAGAAGACUCCAGAUUUUUGUAACCACUUCAAUAAAAUGAAGCAGUUGCAGUGCCUAAAGUGUCCCAUUAAAAAUAUACAUUAUUUAGUUUGUGACAAAAUAAAUCACGCGAGGGAGGGAAAAGCAGUUUGUCUAUGCUUCUUUUAUGGAUGGCCACCGUAUAAAUUAAUAAUUUUAUUAUGAGAAAAUAUAAUCUGGUCCCUAAAGAUAUUAUCUAUGCAGCCCUAAUGUCACUGAGUAAGUCAUUCCAUUAAGUCCUUAAGAAAUAGAUUGUUAUAGCAUAGACGCCAAUAGUCCUUAAGGGGUAAAUGUCUGGAACGCAGGACUUUGUGACUGUACUUUCCCAUGUUUUCCUUCUUGAAAUGCAAAAGUCUAAUCAAAAUAAAUGAUUUAAAAAAAAUUCUCUUCGGUUGUAAUUUAGCUUUUUAUCAAAUAAACCCUUAUAGCACAAAUCCUAGACUAGAUUCAGUUACAUGUUUAUAGUACUCUAAAAAUUCUCAUCCAAUACUAAAGUAUGCAUUUAAAAUGUUAACCCAUCUGAAAGGGGACCUCUUACCAGGAUUUUAACAUUGUUACCUUAUGCCUUACAUUUUAAGAAAUUAAUUUUGUCUGAAAUAUAUAACUCAACAUAGCAAUCUAUAUAGCUCCAUCCUGGAAGCAAGCCUUUCUAUCUUGGCUCCCCAUCAAUUAUUGUUCUAAGCUCUGCCCUUUUCUGUCAUUGAACAUGCAUGGAGAAACAAACAAUGCAGUUUGUGUCUUUCCUGUGCCAGGACUGAACUGGUUCUGUGAUGGAAUUUGCCAAAUCUUUAAUAUACAUUCCAAAGAAAAUGGAGAAUUACGUGAAAAAAGUUAAAUGAUGUACUUUUCAGAAAAGUGUUGAUUACCAGAAACACAUCUGCCAUUAUAGUUGCAUGAUUGAUUAAUCCUUACCGUAUCCAUUAUUUUUAUUUUUUUUAAAUAGGUGAAGAAGCAUCUACAGGACCUUACAAGCAGGGUUUCCAAAGAUGGACUAAAUCACAAUGAGCUUUGA